CAACCUGCGCAGAAUCGCUGCCGUCCUACGUUAGCCGCAUUCACUCUGCCUGCGGCAGCAGCCGGUACACUGCCGGGGACGGCCUCAUCUAUCUCGCCGCCUAUAACGCUGAGAUGGUCUUGGAGAAGCACAAGAUGGUGCGCAUGACCGACAAUGCUGGCCAGCGAUGCAACUCGCUGCUGCGGAAGCUUGCUGGCAUCGACCCCAGUAACCAGCUGAGCACGGCGCCAGCCGUCCCCAAUCUCAUGCGCAACGCCUGCGCUAUCUCUAUAAUCAAGACUCAGCUGGAGAUGCCACUUGCUUCCAGCGCCGAGGUGGGUAGAGGCUUUACGAGCCUGAUGGCGGUUUGUAGGACAACCGUCAGCAUCACGUCACCAGGAGCGGCUACCCAAUGGGUCAUUUCUAUGUCGAGUACUAGUACUAGCAAGACCGGCACAGCAACAUCCUCCCGGACAACCAUCAGCAGCACGGCAGCUGCGUCUUGCCAGGGCAAGCCGUAUACUAUCCGGGAUGGCGACACAUGCAGCUCGGUCUCGCUCAGCCAGCGCAUCAGCACCACACGCCUCCUGAUGGCAAACAAUCUCAGGGCGGACUGCGCAAAUCUGGACCGCCAGCCGGCAGGCUACACAGUGUGUCUGUCGCCGCCCAGAGGCUCGUGGGUCAACCCGCACGCCAGUUCGAGUGCCAACGCGACAACGACAUCGGUUGAUUGCCAACCUGCUAAUCAUUAUAGCACCAUAUUUACCCUCUCCAUGACGCCCAUCCCGACCAGCUAUAUUAAUUCAAGCGUCACUGUUUCUCCUAUUGCCGGAUUUGAUGACUGAGGAGGGAGGCAGGGUGACGGAAGUCUGACAGUGGGACCACGUGUCCAUGUUUCAGUCUACCAGUUUUCUCGCUCGUAAUAAGGAGUGACUACUGGUCUCGGCACUUCCACACCAGCCGCGGGAGCUCUCGCCGGAGCCAAUUCCUUGUCCAACACGCGGUCCGGAAUAAAAUGAGUCUGGUAGAACCUGUGUACAUUGCCCCUGAACCCUCGGAAGUCGGAAAGCUUGGAGCCCAAUUGCUCCAAGCGGCAUUGCACCACAAAGAACUCGCGCCUUGGCUUGUCCUCAUCCUCCGAGUCAGACUCGUCCCGGGUCCUGUCGUAGCGGACUCUGAGGAACCGCCCAUAGAGAGCCUCGCCGCCGACAUCAGUGGUACCUUCAAGCGCUUGCUCCCACGAGUCUUUCAGGUCAUAGAAGAUCCAAAGGACCCUUUCGGCACGCCACCCCAAACAAGUCCUCGG